CUCUCUCUUCCCCCUCUUCUUAAAUCCUUAUAAUUGCUCCUCCCCUACCCACUAUCUCUCCCAUCUCCCACACCCUCUUCCUUCCUCACUCCCUCUAUCUCCAUCUCUUCUCCCCUCUCCUUCCUCUCGCCCUCUCUCUCUAUUUCCAUCUAUUCUCCCCUCUCCUUCCUCUGGCAGGGCUCACGCACACACACACACAUAUGUUCUGGGUGAUUAGGCUGGCUGAGCUAUUGGCCUGAAGCCUGCUGAGGAAGGGAAGAGAGGGGGGUUGGUAGAGAGAGUGUAUGUACAGAUGUGCAGAUGUUGUGUCUAGUCUUGCCGCUAGGAGGCGGAGUGUGUGUGAGUACGUUCUGACCUGAGCUGAGCAGCGCAGAGGGCUCAAGCAGUGAGGUGGAGCGGACAGCUCAUAGGCUGCUGUGGUGUAUGUGUGACAGGUUGAGAGACAGGCUGGGGAAGGCUGAAACGCUACCACAGUUCCGCAUAGAUGAGGCUUAAUUCACUGGCUUUUCACACACUCAUGUCUCAGCACACACACGUCUCUUAGCUGGGAGAUGCUGCAUUACGUCAUAACAAGCCACUGUCUCCCAAGAUGACCGUGGUGAGUACAGCCAUGUAGAAGAUGCAGAGGGAGCGAGAGACUGGGAGAUGAAGAUUGGCUGGAGGAGGAGAGGAAUAGGAACGGAUUCAACCACUGCCACUGGUCGCAAGGAGCGCCUGGUAGGAGAGGGGAUAGAGUGUUUCCUAGAGAGGAGGGCGAGGAGGAAGGGAGAGAAGGAGGAGGGAGAGGGGCAGCCGCCUUCGUGCGGUGACCGGCUCUGAUGGCUCCCCGGGAGAGUCAGAGACAGAAACACCGCGGCUGGGGAGGGACAGGAGGUAUUUUGGAAGUGACGUGGGUUCAGAGGAGGGUGUGUUUUGGUUCGGGACGAGAGGAAAGGGGAGGAACAUGGCAGCGCAGUCUGAUGGAGGGGGAGAAAUGGAGGAAGGAGUGGGGGAGGGGGUGUUUGUUGGAGACACAGAGGAAGACUGUCAGCCUCUGGACUCUGCAGCUAUCCACAUCUGUCUCUGCUGUCACUCUGCUGUCUGCUACUGGGGCUGUCGCUCCAACUGUCUGGGAAACCUGCUGGGGAAAGACACUACUGGAAGGAUCGGGGAUACCGGAGUUGGAGGUGGUAGGAGUUUGAGGGAGACUCGCUGCCCACCAGAGGAGGGACUGUGGCUGGACUGUCUCUGGUUGAUCCUGGCUCUCCUCGUCUUCUUCUGGGAUGUGGGAACAGAUCUGCUUCUCGCUGCAGACUACUAUGACAGACAGGACUAUCUGUGGUUUGGCCUGACGCUCUUCCUGGUGCUGGUGCCGUCGAUUGUAGUUCAGAUACUGAGCUUCCGCUGGUUCAUCCAGGACUACAGCGGAGAGUGUCUGACCACCUGGCUGGGGACGGUGGACUGCAGCAGGGGAGGAGAGAGAGAAAAGCUGACCAGGCAAGGGCCAACUGGCCACAGGGGGGUUUAUCCUGGAACAGACCGGGUCAGAGUGGCCUCAGUCUGGCUGUGGCAGAUCACCAUACACAUUCUACAACUGGGACAGGUCUGGAGGUAUAUCCGUACUUUAUACCUGGGUAUCCAGUCCCACCGUAUGAAGGAGCAUAAGGAGGCACAGAGGAGGUUCUACUGGGCCAUGAUGUUUGAGUACGCAGACGUCAACAUGCUGCGGCUACUGGAGACCUUCCUGGAGUCAGCUCCUCAACUAGUACUACAGCUCUGUAUUAUGAUACAGCAGAACCGGGCUGAGACUCUACAGUGUAUAUCUAGUCUAGGCUCUCUUCUGUCUCUAUCCUGGGUGUUGGCCUCGUACCACAAGCUCCUGCGCGACUCCAGAGACGACCAGCGCAGUCUGAGUUAUCGCGGUGCCCUCCUCCACCUUCUCUGGCGCCUCCUCACCAUCUCCUCCCGCGUUCUCUCUCUCGCCCUCUUCGCAUCCCUCUUCCACCUGUACUUUGGCAUCUUUGUGGUCCUCCACUGGUGUGGCAUGGCCCUGUGGGUGGUGCAUGGCGGAACAGACUUCUGUAUGUCUCGCUGGGAGGAGGUUUUGUUUAACAUGGUGGUGGGCAUCGUCUACAUCUUCUGUUGGUUCAACGUCAAGGAGGGACACACCAGGGGACGCAUGGUGGCUUACUACUCUGUGGUACUGGCUGAGAACACACUGCUUACUGGACUGUGGUAUGUGUAUCGUGACCAUGAAGAGACAGACAGCUACGCGGUUCCAGCGUUGUGUGGUGUCUACCUGUCCUUUACGGGUGGAGUACUGGUGAUGCUUCUGUACUACGGCCUUCUUCACCCCUCACACACACACCCCACUCCGGCAUCGACCUGGUGUGAUGAGCUGCUGUGGGGUAACCCCUUGCCCCCUUCAGCUCCGCCCACCCCAGCCCACCUUGCUGCCCCGUUUCACAGUGAUGACAUCAUCGCAGAAGGCUGUCUGCCGGUGUUCCAGGUGCGUUUGGAGCCCCCCACCUCGAGGCGUUUCGAAGGUCCUCUGAUAAAGAUUGACAUGCCCAGGAAACGUUACCCAGCCUGGGACGCUCACUACGUGGACAGACGGCUGCGAAGGACCAUCAACCUACUACAGUACCUGACGCCUGCAGCCGCAGGCAUACGAUACAGGGACAGACCUCUGCUCUAUGAACUACUGCAGUACGAGUCUUCUUUCUGACACAUACACACAUAGACAAACACACAUAUUUACAAGUGCGCACAUGUAACCGAUGUGAAAUGGCUAGCUAUUUAGUGGUGCUCGCUAGUAGUGUUCAACCGGUGACCUCAUCCGCUCUGACCUAGAAGUAGUUGUUUCCCUUGCUAUGCAAGACCACAGCUUUUGUGGAGUAACAGGUAACGAUGCUUUGUGGGUGAUGGUUGUCCAUCUGUUCAGAGGGUCCCUGGUUCGUGCUCAGGUUGGGGCAAGGAGAGGGACGGAAGCGACACUGAUACACACAAAUGUGACUCUUCUCUCUGUUUUUAUCUCUUCAUCUCUGUUUUGUAUUCCUCACUCUGCUGAGAAGACUGGAUGGUGACAGAAGACAGCAUGUCAUGUCAUUUUCACAUCUUCAUGAAUAAUACUAAAAGAUAAUAAUAUGAAAUUAGAAAAAAUGUGAAUGUAAUAUAAACAGCGGCCUGAAAGCUGUCUCCUAGCUGGGAGUUUAUUAUCUUUAGUUUGGUUAACUGGGUGUGUGUUCUCUUUAGUUUGGUUAACUGGGUGUUUAUUCUCUAUAGUUUGGUUAACUGGGUGUGUAUUCUCUUUAGUUUGGUUAACUGGAUGUUUAUUCUCUAUAAUUUGGUUAACUGGGUGUGUGAUCUCUUUAGUUUUUAACUGAAUGUGUAUAUAUUUAUAUGUACAGAGAUGUGUGUGUGUGUACUGUGUGUGUUGUGCCUGAUCUGUGAGUCAUAGUAAAUUAUGUUUGCUUGUUUGUUUGCUCAGGAAGGCACAACAUUACAGAACGUUAAGAUAGACAUGAAUUGUGUAGAACAGAUAAGAUUUUCUGUCAUGUAGAAUACGGAUAUGUGAUUCUCUUUCUGAUGAACUCAUCCCUGAGGUCGUCAUGGUGACAGAGACCUUUACCUGACUAGUCUGACCAUCCCUCCACCAAUCAACACUAAGCCUUCCACCAAUCAACUUUAUAUGGUGCAAAUAUAUAUGAAUAUACAGUACCAGUCAAAAGUUUGGACACACCUACUCAUUCCAGGGUUUUUCUUUAUUUUUACUAUUUUCUACAUUGUAGAGUAAUGGUGAAGAUGUCAGAACUAUGAAAUAACACAUAUGGAAUCAUGUAGUAACCAAAAAAAAUGUUAAACAAAUCAAAAUAUAGUUUAUAUUUUAGAUUCUUCAAAGUAACCACCCUUUGCCUUGAUGACAGUUUUGCACACUCUUGGCAUUCUCUCAACCUGGAAUGCUUUUCCAACUGUCUUGAAGGAGUUCCCACAUAUGCUGAGCACUUGUCUGCUUUUCCUUCACUAUGCGGUCCAACUCAAUUGGGUUGAGGUUGGGUGAUUGUGGAGGCACAUCUGAUGCAGCAAUCCAUCACCUUCCUUCUUGGUCAAAUAGCCCUUACACAGUCUGGAGGUGUGUUGGGUCAUUGUCCUGUUGAAAAACAAAUGAUAAUCACACUAAGCACAAACCAGAUGGGAUGGCUUAUCGUUUCAGAAUGCUGUAGUAGCCAUUCUGGUUAAGUGUGCCUUGAAUUCUAAAUAAAUCACUGGCAGUGUCACCAGCAAAGUACCAUCACACCUCCUCCAUGUUUCAUGGUUGGAACCACAAAUGUGGAUAUAAUCCGUUCACCCACAUCGAGUCUCACAAAGACACAACGGUUGGAACAAAAAAUCUCAAAUUUGACCUCAUCAGACCAAAGGACAAAUUUCCACCAGUCUAAUGUCUAUUGCUCGUGUUUCUUGGCCCAAUCAAGCCUCUUCUUAUUGGUGUCCUUUAGUAGUGGUUUCUUUGCAGCAAUUCGACCAUGAAGGCCUGAUUCACGCAGUCUCCUCUGAACAGUUGAUGUUGAGAUGUGUCUGUUACUUGAACUCUGUGAAGCAUUUAUUUGGGCUUCAACUUCUGAGGUGCAGUUAACUCUAACUUAUCCUCUGUAGCAGAGGUAACACUGGGUCUUCCUUUCCUGUAGCGGUCCUCAUGAGAGCCAGUUUCAUCAUUGUGCUUGAUGGUUUUUGCGACUGCACUUGAAGAAACGUUAUAAUUUCUUGACAUUUUCCAGAUUGACUGACCUUCAUGUCUUAAGGUAAUGAAGGAAUGUCGUUUCUCUUUGCUUAUUUGAGCUGUUCUUGCCAUAAUAUGGACUUGGUGUUUUACCAAAUAGGCCUAUCCUCUGUAUACCAUCCCUACUUUGUCAUAACACAACUGACUUUCUCAAAUGCAUUAAGAAGGAAAGAAAUUCCACAAAUUAACAUUCCAGGUGACAUGAAGCUGGUUGAGAGAAUGCCAAGAGUGUGCACAGCUGUAAUCAAGCCAAAGGGUGGCUACUUGGAAGAAUCUCAAAUAUAAAAUGGAUUUUGAUUUGUUUAACACUUUUUUGGUUAUUACAUGAUUCCAUGUGUUAUGUCAUAGUUUUGAUGUCUUCACUAUUAUUCUACAAUGUAGAAAAUAGUUUAAAAAAAUAAAGAAAAACCCUGUAAUGAGUAGGUGUGUCCAAACUUUUGACUGGUACUGUAUGUAUGUGAACUUUAUUUGGUGCAAAUAUAGAUGAACAUAAUAUUAACUUAUUUUUUUGGCAAAUAUAUAUGAACAUAUAUGAACUUCAUAUGGUGCAAAUAUAUAUUAACUUUAUUUAUAAAAGCAAUAAUACACUUGA